CAUGCAGCUUCAUCCCUGACUCCAGUGUUUCAGCUCAUAGGCUCCACAAGCAACAAGUAACUAAUCCUUGGUCUCCUGCAGAAAAAAUGCUGUUCAGCUCCUGCUCACUCUGGAAAAUGCUGGUUUUUAUAAGUUUAGCAGUUCUUCUUGCAGGUUUGACAGAAAUUGGAGCUUUUGAUGGUCGAAGUGAAUGUAAAAGUGCAGCCAUAGAUGAUGUGAAGGAAAGUCUUGAGAAAUAUUCAAAAUGCCUUCCUGAAAUGAUAGCCAAAGGUGAAAAAGCUUCAAUCAAUUUCGUUGUCUGGACACUGCAAGAAACACUGGACAUCCUGCGACCUGCUCAAGAGAAAUUUUGCAGGCAGCUGCCUCCCUGCCCACUCCCACUAGCCCCUAGAAAUGGUGGGCUGGUGUGUGUCACCAUUGACAAUGCUCAGUACUGCAAACCCAUGUGCAACAAGGGUUAUGACUUUCAGUUCCUCCGAAGCAGCAGAUUGUAUGAAGUGUGUGGCAAUGCCACCGGGUUUUCCUGGACAACGCAGUUUGUUGGGGGAAGGACACUGGCUGUUUGUAACCCCUCUGAGAUGGCCAUUGGUGGAGCUAAAUCUGCCUACUUCCCUACCAACAGCACCUGCCUGCACACAUUAGCCUUCACCCAGACUGAGAGAGAGCAGCUGAACCUCUUCCUCAAAGAGCUUGGCGAGCAAGGCAUUGACAUCUCCAACCACGAUGAGGAGGCUGAUUGUAUCAUCUGUGGUUACUAGCACCAGAAGCCUUGUGCCACAGACCAACGAUCCACCUGCAAUUUGACCUGAGUAUUUUAACAAGUGGAGCAGUGAAAUCAUUGCUGACACAUAAACAUACAGCUUUUAUUUAAUUAAAUGACUAGAGAUCACAGUUAUCACUUGACCUCAGCUUUUGGGUACUGACAUAUAGGCUCAACUUAAUCACACAGCUCAUGACAGAGGUGUUUCAAAGGAAACAGAGCAUUUUUAUGACUUUAAUUUGGUACCUGCAAAUAAAGAAUUAGAGUUGUUUAAUGGAUGCAGUCAUCAGAUUUGAACACAAUAAUUGUUAUAAUAAAUUGUCUUCACUGAGAAAAGGACAUACUUUUAGCUGUUUUAACAGCUGGUAAUUAAUCACUGUUGUUGCUCUGGUGACCAUUAAAGCAAUGUAAGUCACAACAGUUACUGGUUGUAGGGGUAUAAUUCUUUACACAUGUGCCUACUUGACUAGGGGUUAAAUUAGGCUGUACCUACAGCUGCUUAGAGUAUUGUGGUUUGU